GUUGAAAUAGUGCGCAGCCAAGUUCCAGAAUCUUGCAGCACAACUGUCGGUCGAAUAGGAGGUAGACAGACCCUCGACCUGGGAGAUAGAUGCUUCGGCGCGAUGCAUGGCUACAGAGGAGCCAUCCGCCACGAGAUGUUACACACCCUGGGCUUCAUACACGAGCAACAGAGAUUGGACAGGGACUGCUUCGUCUGGGUCUACAAAAAGGCUAUAUUAGAAAGUCCGUAUGACUACGCAGUCACACUGGACACAUCCACGUCAUUUCCGUACGAUGUGAAGAGCAUCAUGCACUACCCACCAAGCAAAAAUAUGGUUCCUAUACAAUUAGGGGAAGACAUCGGUAACAAAGCCGGCCUUCUAUCCAAAAUGGACAAAAUGAAACUGAACUAUAUGUAUUGCGGGGGAAAGUCUUACUGCGAGAUAGAUCCAUUUAACUGCAAAAUACUCAGACAAGUUGUGAAGAGGUGUAAACUAAUGCUGGAUAAAUCGGAUAACUAUGUGACUCAUGAAUACCGUGGAUGAGUUC